AUAUCCAGUUGUGCUGGCUCAGCAGUUGGAUGCAGGCAACUUGCAUUUAGGUCAUUUCUAAAUCUUUUUUCAUUAAAGAGAGCUGGAACUCCAAUAAGUGGAAGCGUGUCCUGCAGAGAGACCAACACUUCUUCAGUCAGACCACUUGAAAGGGAACGAGGAAAUCUGCAAAUCAAGGCUCCACAGAGGGGUCCUGUAGCAGCAGGAACAUGGCUUUUCAACGUCUCAGGCUGCCGCUUGUGAUUGUAUCUGUGGUCCUGAUCAUCUACACAUUCCCAGGUGGCUCAAAUGGAAACAAGCUGUGGAAAAUGAUUAACAAAAGAGAAGUGGCUGAAGCCAAACUUGCCGUUGCAGUGGAGCCAGACAAAGCUAAAGAGUUUCUUAACGCUCCGAAACGGUCCAAGAGGCAACUGUGGGAUCGCACUCAGCCCGAUGUUCAGCAAUGGAUUCAGCAGUUCAUGUACAUGGGGUUUGAUGAACUGAGGUUUGAAACCGACUUAUCCUACUGGAUGGAUCGAGGACGCAACCCCCACGACUACUAUGGGCAUCAGCAUCAUUAUGAUGAGAAUGCGCCGAUUGGACCUCGCGAUCCCUAUUCUUAUAGGCAUGGAGCAAGCGUUAACUAUGAUGACUAUUAAAAAAAAUUGAACUUCCACGUCAGGGAAAAGUUGUCUUUUAUUUGUUUUAUUUUUGCAAUUCUGCAGACUGAUGUGGGCAAUGUAAAAGCAUUUAAUCAGUUCCACUGUUUCUUUAUAGAGCUCUGA